AUGAAUACAGUCGAAGAAAUCAAAAAACAACGUGAAAUAUCGUCGAAGGGAAAAGAGAAGAGAUUAGAAAAGGAGAGGUUGGAGCAAUUGAAAUAUUUGCAACGUGCAUUGGUUGAAUUUGGCAAGGAUAAAGGUAACAAACAAAUUGUGUAA